AUGUCGGUCGUCUCGCUCCUGGGCGUCAAGGUUCUCAACAACCCCGCCAAGUUCACCGACAAGUACGAAUUCGAGAUUACCUUUGAGUGCCUCGAGGCUCUGGAGAAGGAUCUGGAGUGGAAACUCACCUACGUCGGCUCUGCCACCUCCGACCAGUACGACCAGGAGCUCGACUCGUUGCUGGUUGGGCCCGUGCCCGUCGGCGUCAACAAGUUCAUCUUCGAGGCGGAUGCCCCCAGCACGUCACGCAUCCCCGACGCCGACAUCCUCGGCGUGACGGUGAUUCUCCUGACGUGCGCCUACGACGGCCGCGAGUUUGUGCGCGUGGGAUACUACGUGAACAAUGAGUACGAUUCGGAGGAGCUCAACGCAGAGCCCCCCGCCAAGCCCAUCGUGGAGCGCGUGAAGCGCAACGUGCUGGCCGAGAAGCCCCGUGUGACUCGGUUUGCCAUUAAGUGGGAUUCCGAGGCGUCUGCCCCUGCCGAGUUCCCGCCCGAGCAGCCCGAGGCUGACCUCGUCGCCGACGGCGAGGAAUACGGCGCAGAGGAGGCCGAAGAGGAGGCUGCCGAAGACGCCGGCGAGGCCAAGGUCGCCGGCGACGACGCCGAGAUGGCGGGCGUCGAGCAGGAGCAGGCCAACGGCCACGAGAACGGCCAGGAGGAGGACGAGAUGUCCGAGGACGGCAGCGUCGACAUUGAGGGCGAGAGCGAGGACGAGCUCGAGGAGGAAGAGGGAGAGGGAGAGGGCGAGGGCGAAGGCGCCGAGGACGACGCCAUGGAGGUCGACGAGGCGGAGAAGCCGGCCGACGCGGCCGCUUCCAAGCCUGUUUCGGUCGCCUCGUAG